AUGGACGUCGCCGACGCCGCCUCCCCGUCUGGCCAGGAGCAGCAGGGGCACAGGACGGUGUCGUCUGAGCCGCCGAAGCGACCCGCGGGGCGGACCAAGGUACAUGAGACGCGCCACCCGCUGUACCGCGGCGUGCGGCAGCGGGGCCGGGUCGGGCAGUGGGUGUGCGAGGUGCGCGUGGCCGGGGUGAAGGGCUCCAGGCUCUGGCUCGGCACCUUCACCACCGCCGAGAUGGCGGCGCGCGCGCACGACGCCGCCGUGCUCGCGCUCUCCGGCCGGGCUGCCUGCCUCAACUUCGCCGACUCCGCCUGGCGCAUGCUGCCCGUGCUCGCGGCCGGGUCUUUCGGCUUCGGCAGCGCGCGCGAGAUCAAGGCCGCCGUCGCCGUCGCCGUCGUGGCUUUCCAGAAGGAGCAGAUUAUCCCAGUCGCCGUCGCCGUGGUGGCGAUCCAGAAGCAGCAGAUUAUCCCAGUCGCUGUCGCCGUCGUGGCGAUCCAGAAGCAGCAGAUUAUCCCGUCGCCGUCGUGGCGCUCCAGAAGCAGCAGAUUCCAGUGGCCGUCGCCCUCGUGGCGCUCCAGGAACAGCAGGUCCCAGUCGCCGUCGCCGUCGUGGCGCUUCAUCGGCAGCAGGUUCCAGUCGCGUGCCCGGGAACCUCCGGCCCGGGCAGCGCUCUGUUUUACAUGUCGUCCAGCGACUUGUUGGAGCUCGACGAGGAGCAGUGGUUUGGCGGCAUGGAGGCCGGGUCGUACUACGCGAGCUUGGCGCAGGGGAUGCUCGUGGCACCGCCGGACGAAAGAGCGAGGACGGAGGACGGCGAGCAGAGCGGCGUCCAGACGCCGCUAUGGAGCCACUUGUUCACCUAAUCUAGCAGUGUAA